AUGGGCACUGGAGGGGGCGCUGCAUCGAUGGGCAGUGCUCCUGCUUUCGGAGGUCAAAUACAAGGCGGAUUUUGGGCUGCAUUCGGUCCGGGUGGUUUCCCAGACGAGCCGCCGUUAUUAGAAGAGCUCGGCGUCAACUUCAAUCAUAUCAAAAGCAAGACUCUGACCGUCCUGAACCCGCUCGGCUAUCCAGAUCAGAAUAUCAUGGACGACGCAGAUCUGGCAGGACCGCUCAUCUUCUGCUUCUGCUUUGGCAUCUUCCUUUUCCUCAGUGGGAAAUCACAAUUUGGGUACAUCUACGGCGUCGCGCUCAUGGGCGACCUAUCAGUCUACUUUCUCCUCAACCUCAUGUCCAAUACGGGCAUAGAUGCGUAUCGUGUGGCGAGCGUACUUGGCUACUGCUUGCUCCCACUCGUCAUCAUGACCUUGCUCAGCGUCAUCUCGAACAUGGAUGGCAUCAUCGGCUACUUUCUCGCGACGCUCAGCAUACUCUGGUGCUCCUAUUCGGCUUCUGGCAUCUUCGUCUCCGUCUUGCAAAUGUCAGAACAGAGGUUACUCGUCGCCUAUCCCGUCGCACUAUUCUACGGCACAUUCGCUCUGCUGUCAGUCUUUGAUGUCACGACAGGCUCCAUUGGUGUCGUAGGCAGGUGA